UAAAUCCCUAACCAAAAAUUACAAAAUUGUUGUUUUCUGAGAAUUGUGUUUGGAUUGAUAAGAAAAUUAAAUCCUUUGUUCCAUCAUUCCAGGAAUAUUUUUUACAAUCUGUAUAUUUCUGUGCCGAUUUAAUAUUUAAUUGCGGGAAAGUAUUUAUCUGGUUGUAAAGUCAAGAUAUAUUACGAAUGACAGUUUUUUUUCUCAACACACCGGGAAUAAAAGAAAUAAAAUUGUAGGUUUAUUUCGAUGUGGAUUAGUUAGUUCACUAAUUUAGAAGUUCAAUUACUGCCCCCGGUUCUUUGAAAAAAUGUUGUUCUACUCAUUUUUCAAAUCUCUGAUUGGAAAAGACGUGGUCGUUGAAUUGAAGAAUGAUCUCAGUAUUCAAGGUACCCUUCAUUCGGUGGAUCAGUAUCUGAAUAUCAAAUUGACAGAUAUCAGCGUUACAGAUCCGGACAAAUAUCCUCACAUGAUGUCAGUGAAAAACUGUUUUAUCCGAGGAUCAGUCGUGCGAUACGUUCAGCUUCCUGGCGACGAUAUCGACACGCAACUUUUGCAGGAUGCUGCGCGAAAAGAAGCGGCUUCUCAGCCCCGAUAGUUUUUUUUUAAAGAAGGAUUUAAGUAAGCUACAAAUUAUAAAUCCAAGGAAUUUUAAUUUAAUUUUUGAUAAUCAAGUAAGGUAUAUUAUUUUUCUGUAUGGGCGCUAAUGCGCCAAACGCAGGGUAUGAUCUCUUUUUAUCCUAAGAGAAAAUGUCUGGAAACACGAAUGAGAAAUGAUGAAUAUU